AUGCCUGCUGCCUCCAGAGCAUCGAAGGGAUCUUCCCGAUCAGUGAGGAUCUCAGUGCCUGCACCCGGUGGUUCCUCGGCAGCUGUACCUCGGGCCUCGCGCGUUGUCUCAAAAAUCUGGAAGCAGAAGGAGAUAACGAGGAGUAGGCUGAAGAUGAAUGAGGUUGUGGAGAUAGCUACUGCAGGAUUGAGUGGAGAGUCCCUCCAACUGUUGUCCGAAAUCCGGGGGGAGUCUUCCGACCUUCAGGGAGUUGCAGAAGACAUCGGAGAACCAGCAAUUUUCAAGGGGAAUGAUUCCAUGGACUGGGAGACCCUGCCCGAUGAUGAAGAAGGAUCCUUUGUACAUGCAGUGCAUGACAUUGUAUCGAGUCGAUGGAAAUCAUGGUGGUAUAAAGAUACACGAACAUGGCGACAGAGACUCGAGCAUCUUCAGGCAAACUGGGUGCCCCUCAUGGACGAUCUUACCAACACAUACUUGGCAUGGUGA